AUGUCGCCUAAGGGAAAGAAGAACAUUAAAAACUGCAGUGGCUGUUUAAAGAAAAUUGAGGACCGGAGGUUCUUGGUGUGCAGCCUAUGCCGGGACUCUUAUGACCUAGAAUGCGCCGGAGUUUCGGAGCAGCGCUUCUAUAAUACGCUGACCGGGGACCACCGGGCUAACUGGAGGUGCGUCUCGUGUAAAAGCAAGCAGCCCAAGACCGACAACACUAACACGCCGGUCCGAAUUUCGCCUGAGUAUGUCACGCAGCGACGCGGCGCCUCUGAUCUCAGCCCCAUGCAGCUGGACACCACCUUGCCGGAGCAGGGGCUCGACGACCAAAAUGACACCGCGCUAAAUAUGACCGUCGAGGUGUCGGACAUCCAGGCGCUCACACUGGAGAUCAGGCACUUCAGGGAGGUCUUCACAUCCGAGCUUCAAGCGUUGAGGGAGCAGAUGGGCGCGCUCAAAGAUGAGGUGUCGGCGCUGUCCGGCAGAUUAGACCGCUGCGAGAGCCGCACGAGCGCUCUGGACAAGCGGAUGGACACCAUCGAGGUCUGCCUCACGGGCGUCGGGCACGCGAACGCGGAGCGCCUGGACGAGGUCGAGAAGAGGCUGGAGGCGGUGGGGCGCGUGCAGACGGAGGCGGGCACCGGCGCCGGGUCGGGAGUCGUCGCGGCGCUGGAGCGGACCGUCGCCGAGCUCAAGCUGGAGCUCAACAACCGCGACCAGGACGCGCUCCUCGCGGACCUGGAGAUCGGAGGCCUCCCGGACGAGAAGGGCGGGAACGUCUUUCACGACGUCGCCGUGCUCGCCGGCCGCCUCGGGGUGACCCUGGAGGAGCGGGACGUCGUGUUCGCGGAGCGCGUGGGUGCGCCCCCGGCCGAGACCGGCGGGGCCCGCCCGCGCCGCGUGGUGGUGCGCCUGGCGCGCCGCCAGCUGCGCGACGACCUGCUGCGGGCCGCGCGCGUGCGUCGCGGUGCUACGGGCGAGGGCGGCGGCCGGGUGUACAUCAACGAGCGCCUGACCCGCUCCAAUCGGCAGCUGUUCUACCGGGUGCGUGAGGAGUGUCGCAAGCAGCAGUGGAGAUACUCUUGGACGAGACGAGGGCGUGUCUUCGUUCGUAAGAGUGACGGAUCGCAGGUCUUCCAUCUUCGAUCCCUUGAUGAUUUCGCCAGAGUAUUUGGAGCUCCUGGUUUAUGA